GUUAGUUAGAAUAAGGUUACAACGGAGACAGCGAGGAAGAGGGGAACAGUUGUGUGUCCUGCCCGCAAGCUCAACACAUCUCCUCCUCCUCCUCCUCUUCCUUCGUCACUCUCUCACUUAAGACAAAAUGGACAACCUCGAUAAGGACCAGAUCGCAGCCCUCAGGAAGGCCUUCGAGUCCUUUGACAUGGACGGCAAGGGCUACAUCACCCCGGAGACCGUGGGCACCAUCCUGCGUAUGAUGGGCGUCAAGAUCUCUGAGAAGAACCUGCAGGAGGUUAUUGCGGAGACUGACGAGGACGGUUCCGGUGAGCUCGAGUUUGAGGAGUUCUGUUCUCUUGCUGCCAAGUUCCUGAUUGAAGAGGACGAGGAGGCCCUGAAAGCUGAGCUGCGUGAGGCUUUCCGUAUCUACGACAAGGGAGGUGACGGCUACAUCACCACCGGCACCCUGAAGGAAAUCUUGAAGGAACUGGACAACAGGCUGACCGAGGCUGACCUGGACGGUAUCAUCGAAGAGGUGGACGAGGACGGCUCCGGCACCCUCGAUUUUGACGAGUUCAUGGAGAUGAUGAGCGGUUGAAGGGAAUAUCCGUGGACGUCAAUAGUUACUCUAUCUUAUUAUAAUUAUUCUAUCGCAUCUUCUUUCUAUCUUCUUAAUUUCUUUAGAGACUAACAUUCAUCUCUGGUAAUUAUUUUAUCAUCUUUCCAUAUUUUUAAUUGAUAUCACUCUCUCUCUCUCUCUCUCUCUCUCUCUCUCUCUCUCUCUCUCUCUCUCUCUCUCUCUCUCUCUUUUUCUUUGUUCUUUCCCACGUCUACUAUCUCUAAUUCUUUAUUCUCUGAUGCAUCUCACCUCUAAAACUACUCCAGUCUUCCAAAUUCUAGCACAAGCACAUAUCUCACUUCCACAUCUAACAGUAAAUUGAUCUCACUCCAUUAUCUACCAAACUCCAAACGUUUAUAACCCGCACCACUUUCGUGCCAAGAAUAAUUCGCACCCAGCGCAGGAUUCGGGCCCACAACCCCAAGGAUAGCCGUAUCUAGUACCUUACAAAAUAUACGUACCAAGGAUUCACAUAUAUCUUCGUCCUGUAUAAGAAUUUCGUGUGGUAAACUUAGCCUGCAGUGUACUAUAGACUAUAUAAAGUGUUCCGUUUCUAUAUAAUACUUUAUAAUCCAUCUACGUAAGGGUUGAAUAGUUUGCAUACAAAUAUAGACAGUAUUUUCUUCACAAUACCACCAUGUAAUCCAUCUAAGUAGGAUCUAACACUUUACCUACACCUUAGAGAGUGUUUCCAUACAUACAUUUAUACUCCAUCUAAAUAUUUAAAGGCAUAUAUUCCACCUGUGUUAAGUACUAAGGUCACAAAGGUCUAUGUAGCAGUGGUCAGGGCAGCCAGACUCAACAUCUAGCACGGGGCCUCUCGGGAACUCCUGUCCCUGUGCUGGCUUGCCACUGGCGAAUAAAACUUGUGAGGGAGUUCUC